GAAUUCAAUGACGGAUUCUGGGAAGUCACGCUGGGAAUAUGCAGUAGAAAAUGAGGGAAAUGUUCGUCUGCACGCACACCUCGGCAUGGUAAUAGAUAUGGCGAGAAAUUCAAAAGGGGAGAAAAGGGGAGAUAUACACAUUUAAAGCGUAGUCUGGAUGUCUGUGAAGCCUGUCUCUCUCCGUCCUGAGUCUGUGGAUUUCUCAACAUCCUGCUGUGAGCCUGACUGAGGGUUCAGUGAUAUUUACCUCAGCCUCUGCAACAGCGCGGCUUGCGUCGUAGUUCAGCGCAUGGCAAGGGCAUCACAAAUUGUUAGGGAAGACAGUGUUCCUCCGUUUGUUCGGAGAAUAGCAAAUUAAAUCAGAAGGACUCCCGAGGCGGUGCAAUGGUUUCACAUUUUACCAAGAAAUAGCCUUCUUUUUUUUUUUGAAACGUGGGCGCAUGGGAGACAGAUAUGCCAAGCAGAAAACCAGGGACACUUCAUGAGGAUGAAGACUUGAAAUAUGAGUGGAAUGGACCUUCUUUUAUGAAAAUCAUCUAAACGACAAAUAAUUUACAUUUUCUCACGAGAGAAGAGGUGUGGCACUGCCGCGUGUCCGAUCAGCUUUUGGGUGGCACAUGGAUUGAUGACUUUUGUGCGAAGAUAAACAAAGCGUAGAGUCGAUGUAACUUUAUAUAGGUCACACGCUAUCACAACAUAACAUCUAGUAACUCUAAUCACAAGUAGCAGACUCGAUGGAGGAACUCGGGAAGGCAUCCAGGUGCGCUCCAUGUUUGGAUUAGGACACGCCGGUACCUGCGGGACGUGAGGCACAGUUAGGACUUGAAAGCAGCGUUGGUCUGUGGGCCAGUGAUGCCGGACACAUUCAUACACAUAAAGAACCGGACAGAGUCACGGGGGCAGCUAGAGCGAACACUGGCCACGGAGGGGAGCGUCCGCCCCGCCUGGGUCAUAGCAAUCCUGGCCAGCGUUUUGAUCUUCACAACGGUGGUGGACGUGCUGGGGAAUCUGCUGGUGAUCAUCUCGGUGUUCAGAAACCGCAAACUGAGGAACUCAGGUAAUGUGUUUGUGGUGAGUUUGGCCUUUGCUGACCUUGUGGUAGCCUUCUACCCGUACCCCUUGGUUCUCUAUGCUCUCUUCCAUGACGGAUGGGCACUGGGAAACACACAAUGCAUGGUCAGCGGUUUUCUUAUGGGGCUCAGUGUCAUUGGUUCCAUUUUCAACAUCACUGGGAUUGCAGUGAACAGAUAUUGCUACAUCUGUCACUCCUUCUCCUACAGUCGUUUGUACAGCUAUCGCAACACUCUGCUGUUUGUUGCCUUAAUUUGGGUGCUCACAGUACUGGCCAUUAUCCCCAAUUUCUUCGUUGGCUCCCUGCGCUAUGACCCGCGGGUCUACUCCUGUACCUUCGCCCAGAAUGUCAGCAGUUCCUACACAGUGGCAGUAGUGGUGGUUCACUUCUUGGUUCCCAUUGCCGUGGUUACCUUCUGUUAUCUACGCAUCUGGGUACUUGUGAUUCAGGUGCGACGUAAGGUGAAAACAGAGGAAAGCCUUCGCCUGAGACCAAGUGACUUGCGGAAUUUCCUCACCAUGUUUGUGGUCUUUGUGCUGUUUGCCAUCUGCUGGGCUCCACUUAACCUGAUUGGCUUGGCUGUGGCCAUAGAUCCGUCUCGUGUGGCUCACCAAAUCCCUGAGUGGCUUUUUGUGGUCAGCUACUUCAUGGCCUACUUCAAUAGCUGUCUAAAUGCCAUCAUUUAUGGCUUACUCAACAGGAAUUUCAGGAAUGAGUACAAACGUAUAGUCACUUCUGUCUGGAUGACUCGGCUUUUUGUGACAGAGACUUCCCGAGCCGCCACAGAUGCCAGGAGCAUGAGGAGCAAGCAAUCGCCGCCUCCGCCACUCAACAACAACGAUUCAGUCAGAGAUCGCACAAACAAAGACUGAAAUCUGAAAUCCUUGAGCCGGUUAAUUCCUGUUUUUAUGUGACAUCCCAUCAGUUGUGCAGCUAAAGAGUAUCAAGUAAAGGAUGAAGCUGGAAUAUAUGGCUUGGUUUUCUGUUCAAUGACAUUGAACAGAACAGGGCGCAGGUGUUUACAUCUGAAGAGAAGUUUUUUUAAAUCAUUUUUUAAAGUUGUGAAGAAUUAUAGAAUAUAAAUUCUUGAAAGUUUAUCAUUUGGUUGUUUCAUUAAAGAACUUUGCUAUAGUGCUAAUUAAGGCCAAGUUUCCUCUGUGAUUAUUAACCCAAGGUGGGGGGUGUGGCCUUGGCCAACUGCCACUUUGCUUGUUUGAAAGCCAUGAUGUCUCUGUCUUUCUUAUGAGCCGGCCAAAUUCUCUGGGCGGGCAAAGC